AUGAAAUUUUUCAGGGCCAACCGAAUUCCCGACCUCGAGAAACAUAGCAACCAGCACCUCAAACCCAACUGUCUCCUCACCACCCAGGAUCCCCAACCACCCCAGGAUGCAGCAGCGGCCACAGACCAGCAACCGGCGCGUGCGCAGUGGGACAACCCCCUGGAGUUCCUCAUGUCGUGCAUCGCGACCUCCGUGGGGCUCGGCAACGUGUGGCGCUUCCCCUUCGUGGCCUACCAGAACGGGGGCGGCGCCUUCCUCAUCCCAUACGUCAUCGUGCUCAUUGUCAUCGGAAAGCCUAUGUAUUAUUUGGAAACGGUGCUUGGGCAGUUCAGCUCGAGUAACUGUGUCAAAAUCUGGGCACUGUCUCCAGCUAUGAAAGGUACUGGCUACGCGCAAGCCCUCGGCGCCUCCUACGUGCUAUCCUACUACGUGUCGAUCAUCGCGCUCUGCCUGUACUACCUGGCCAUGAGCUUCAACUCCACGCUGCCGUGGGCCACGUGCCGCGAGGAGUGGGGCGCCAACUGCGUGCCCUCGGGGGCCACCGGGUUGGACACCUCGGCCAUCAAUGGGACUCUGGUCAGCAGCGCUGAGCUCUACUUCACUAAAACCGUUCUCAAGCAGUCAGAUGGCAUCGACGAUGGAAUUGGUCUCCCACUCUGGGACCUGACGCUGUGUCUGUUCGCGUCGUGGCUGAUCAUCUUCAUCAUCGUGGCCCGCGGCGUGAAGAGCUCUGGCAAGGCGGCCUACUUCCUCGCCAUCUUCCCCUACGUCGUCAUGCUGAUUUUGCUCAUCAGAGCCGUCACAUUGGAAGGAGCAAGCAAAGGAAUCCUUUUCUUCAUCACACCACAAUGGGAGAAAAUUCUGCAACUUCAGGUGUGGUACGCGGCGGUGACGCAGGUGUUCUUCUCCCUGUCCGUGUGCUCGGGCGCGCUCAUCAUGUUCGCUUCUUACAACGGAUUCAAGACCAACGUCUACCGUGACUCAAUGAUCGUGACAACCCUGGACACGUUCACAAGUCUGAUCUCCGGCAUCACGAUCUUCGGCGUGCUGGGCAACCUGGCCUUCGAGCUGGGCUACGACGACGUGGGCGAGGUCAUCGGCUCCGGAGGCACCGGGCUCGCCUUUAUCUCCUACCCUGACGCCAUCGCCAAGUCGCCGUUUGUGCCGCAGCUGUUCUCCGUGCUAUUCUUCUCCAUGAUGGCGGUCCUCGGCAUCGGGUCUGGCGUGGCGCUGCUGUCCACGGUGACCACGGUGCUGAUGGACGCCUUCCCGCGCGUGCCCACCAUCUACAUGUCGGCGCUGGGCUGCGCCGUCGGGUUCCUGGUGGGACUCGUCUAUGUUACCCCUGGAGGACAAUACAUCCUGGAGUUGGUGGACUACUACGGAGGCACCUUCAUGAGGCUGUUCGCGGCCAUCGUCGAGACCAUCGGAGUGUUCUGGAUAUACGGUCUGGAGAACCUCUGCAUCGACAUCGAGUUCAUGCUGGGCAUCAAGACGUCCUGGUACUGGCGCGUGUGCUGGUCCAUCGUGACGCCCGCCAUCAUGAUCACCGUGUUCAUGUACACCCUCAUCACCACUGAGAGCCUGGUGUUUGGCGACGGAUAUGUUUACCCGAACGGCGCUUACGUUGCGGGUACGCUCUUGCAGUACGCCGGAAUAGCUCUGAUCCCCAUCUUCAUCAUGUUCUCCCUAUGGAAGUACAGAUCUGGUACUCUGGUUGAGACCGUGAAGCGUGCAUUCCGCAAGAAGGCGAGCUACGGCCCGGCCGACCGGGACAAGUUCGCAGAGUACCAGGAGUUCAGGAAAGACGCGAAACUAGAGCGGGACAUGCGACGAGACGGCUUCUUCCAACACAUCGGCCUCAGUCUCAGCGGCGGGUACCGGAAGAGCAAAUACUAGUGAAACCGUUUUAGGACCAGGUUCUCACUUG